GGGAAACAUUUUCUCGGGGAGCAAAACAAACAUAGAAAAGCCCAAUCAGUUUGGACUCAUUUGAAACACAGUCUUUGUAGAGAGAAAGGUUAAUAGCCUUCACAAACAGAAUGACAUUUCCAGUGUGUGUUUACUUUCUUUUUCCUUGCAAAGUUGAGACUAAAAUCAGAAAAAGAAGAACGCAUGAAGAAUGCUGCUUAUAACCUUGGUGUCGCAGAGGCUAUAAAAUCACAGAGGAAUCCGAAAUGCCACUUUUCUAAUCCAUACUAUUUUGAUAACCGACCAGCAAGUGCUGCUAUUGUCACUGAAAAGAAAAACGAGUUUACUAAGAACCUUCUCAAACAAAUAGAUGUCAAUAGUAAACUGGCCAAGAAAAAGAAAGAAAACCAGAAAGUCUUGGAGCAACUAGAAUGGCUGCAACUCAAACAAGAGAUUGAUGAACAAAAAGCUGAACUGGAGAAACAUCAAUUUGAGGAGAGAGAAAUGUAUAAGAAAGCACUGGAAUACCAGCUGAAACACAGGCCUUCCAGACUGCCCAUCUACAAGCCCAUGGGCACCUUCACCAACUUUGGGCAGAAUGAAAAGACCCUGGAGGCCGAGAAGCGGCAGAGAAAUAUUGAAUACAUGAAGCAGCAGGUGGAAGCCGCGGCAGGCCACAGAAGACAGCAUAUCCUCAGCUAA